GACAGUGGUUAGUGACAAAAAAUAAGAUGGAGGGGAUAGGGAACGACAAGAGUUCGUGUUCGAGUUCGAGUACAGUUCCGAGUCCUUGUCUGAGCAAGUACGUGGAUCCAUCGAGCGAAGAGUCUCACAGAUACUAUCUCGCGAGGCGGAACGCCUUGGAGAUGCUCAGAGACAGAGGCUAUGAAGUAUCCCUCGAAGAUAUCAAUCUCUCCCUCCAGGAUUUUCGAACUGUUUACGGCGAACGUCCCGACGUUGACCGCCUCCGUAUCUCCGCUCAUCAUCGCUCCGAUUCUUCCAAUAAGGUAAAGGUUGUCUUUUUUGGUACUAGUAAGGUUAAAGUCAACACAAUCCGGAGUGUUGCAGCAGAGAUACUUAGCCAAGAGACCAUAACCGGGCUGAUACUGGUUCUCCAAAACCAAGUAACCGAUAAAGCCUUGAAAGCCAUUGAGCUUUUCACUUUCAAGGUCGAGAUAUUCCAGAUAACCGACUUGCUAGUCAACCUAACCAAACACGUACUGAGCCUGCGUCAUCGUGUUCUGACUGAUGGAGAGAAGAAAGCACUUCUCAAGCACUUCAACAUCGAGGAAAAACAGCUUCCUCGGAUCUCAAAGAAAGACGCGGUUGUGCGGUACUAUGGAUUAGAGAAAGGACAAGUUGUGAAAGUGAGUUACAGAGGCGAACUCACUGAGUCCUAUGUUGCCUACCGAUGUGUGUGGUGAAGUGCACCAAUUAAAAAAUAAACAUUCUGUUUGCUUAUUUUCGGCAAAAAAAACUUCUGUAAGAUGUUUUGUAGGUUAAGAUCCUUUGCUUUAAGGACAAGACUAAGUUUUUGAAGUAAAAAAAAAUGUAUUAAAGAUUCUUUGCUUGUCUUGAAAACAUUUCCCCUUA